GUUACAUCUACAAAGCAACCGCGCGCGCCCAUCCCGGCGCCCCAUCCAGUCCCUCUCUUGUCCUGCUCCCCAUCUUCUUGCCUUCUUCCAGUCGUGUUUCGACGUCUACUAUACGUCUCGGAUUCUUCCAGCCUCGCCAGAGCGAGAGGCCCAGCAACCCCCAGGAAACACGCCAUCCUUUGAGCCAGGGCAGGCUGGUUUCUGCUGGGCCCAUUUGUGUGGCUGUUCAUCUCGGUUUCCUUCAGUUCAGCUUUUUCCUUUCCUUCCCACCCGUCCACCCGCCCCCCGUUUCCGAAUUAUUCCCAACCCGACAGCCGGCUGCUCUCGCCCCGUGUCUUGACUUGAUUGCUGUCCCAUAGCCCCCGAGCACCUCACCGCGGCACAUCACUCCUGGACCACACAGCAUUGGAACGGCAUGGCACCCGCAAUAUCCGCCUAGCAACACUCUUGCCGUCGACCCUCGGUGGGCUACUGCCCCAUAGCCCACUCCUGGCACCAUGGGAAACGCCCAGUCCACUGAGACAGCCCGGAGGUAUUCCCAGAAGCUGUCCAAGCCAAAAACCAACAAUCAUGCCACAGCCGGUCUGUUGAGCCCCAGCGGCUCCUCAAAUAAUCCCAAGAGAUACUCCAACCGCCCACUGCCAGAUCCUCCAUUGUCUUCUCCCUCGCCAGUCUCUACCCCAACCUCAUCGGUUUUUGACCAGGCCGACACUGCCCAGACACGCAACGGCCGCAGUGCCUCGUUCACAUCAGUCCCAGCUCUGCAGCAGGAAUCCAAACGAAGAAGCCUGUUCCGCGUGAGGUCAACCCAGGUUGUGCCUGACGCUGACCAUCGGGACAGUAUUGGGUCGGGAUCGAGGAUGGUGGAUCUGAUGAACAGGGCCAACUCGUUGACGUAUGAGUCGGCAGUCGCAUACUAUGGGCCGCCUGAGCCUGAGGAGUGGUCAUCCGAACCUAGGACCCGGACAUCUUGGAACUAUAACUUGACGUCAUAUGAGGCUAAGCGUUUGUUGAAUCUCGUCGAAGAACCAGGGCUUGAACAUGCGACGACCAUGUCAGAGAACCGGAUGACGGUUGUCACUGAGACCACGUUGAAGAGCUCCAAUCCGACGAACCCUCCGAGCACCUCGGUCACCCGUGCCAACUCGGAAGUCUCGCUCUAUAUGCCUGUUCGACGAAGAUCCAUCAUCCAAACGCCAGGCGUUGCUACCCGAGCAAAUUCGAUGCGCAGCGUUCCCGGACAACCGAGAUUCAAUCCACGAUAUAGUCACCCUCCUACCCCAAGUUUGUCCAGGCAACCGUCUUUCGACUCGUACCGAGAUGGAAUCGUUUCUAUGCCGCCUCGGAUUGAUGAUGUCGAGUCGAUUCCCAGAGCGGUAACGCCGCGCGAGGAAGAUUAUCAGUCAAUUGGUGGUUAUAAGUUGGGUUCUUUGCGUAUCACAAACGGGCCCGCCAGCCCUUCGAGUCCGGAGGUGGAGAGAAAAGGUGGAAGUCGGUUCAAGUUGGGGGGAGAUGAUGACUACUUUGCCAACACGACAGCUUCGGACCAGAGCAGCACGACAAACACCACCACCGCUGCAAUACCACCUACACAACAGCCAGCUGCUGCGGGGCUCAGUCACACCACCACCACCACCGUUGUAAGCCAGCAGACAAGCGUUGUCUCUGACGGCGUCUCUGUCACGAGCACUCGACAGUACUUGAAGGAGGUCAACAUUAGCCCGCUCUCUAUCCGUUUAUCUCCUCCGGCAAGCCCGCGACUGCAGACCACAUCCAAGCAUACCGCCCAGGAGGAUUCAUUGUUCGAGGAUGAUGUUCUGUCGGAGAUUGCAGCUGCCGAGAUUCUGGAUGUUCGUCUGGAUCCCAGUGCAAAGCCAUCUCAAGUCACUCCGACCAAGGCUCUGUCCAGAAGCGACAGCGGAUUCAUCUCGACAACGAGCCCCUCCCCCGAAUCCCCGCACAAGCCAUUGACAAAAGCCGAUUCCGGCUAUAGCUCAAAUGUUUCUCUCCGCUCCUUCAAGGCGAAGGAUCAACCUUCUAAGAAGGAGAGCAUGCGCUCGCUUGAGGGCCGGUCGGAAGCAAACCGCCGGAGCAGCUCAGUCAGGUCCGAUGAGCGGGAGCAGAUUGUGCCCGCCUAUGUCAUAGCACCACCGAGAGAAGCACCGCCUCCUCCAGUACCUCCGAAAGAUGCUCGCCGCGAGAGCCCGGGUCCGUCGCCCAAUCCAAGGUCUGCCAGACAAUCGAGCCGCUCCACCAGCAAUCUAGCUCCGGAGAGUAGCCUCAACAGAGCGGGAAACUCUAGGGCGCCGCUUUCUCUGACUCCAAUCAAGAACCUCCGAUCUCGUGAUCGCGGACCAGCGUCUCCCGAAUCUGUCCCCACUCCUGUCAGUGCCAAAUCGUCAAAGUCUGACAACUCUACCUUGAGCAUUGGGACCAAGCCUCAGAAACCCAACAGACUCCAGAGACUCCUAAGCAGUGCUCGUCGCUCUGCAGCUGGCCCACUGGAAGCCCAUGCGACACAUGCUGUUGAGCAGAACGCCAUUCCGUCGAUACCGAGAGAGGUGGAAAGCAAGCUUCAGGAGCACAAUGGCAGGUUUCCCAUAACGACCAAGAGGCUGGCACUGAGGCCUCGAGCCAGUUUGGAUACUCUCAAGACCAUUUUCAGUGUUGGAAGCAUGGAGGCUAGUCUCGAUGCCCUUCACACGACUCAGAAGCCUCCUGCUACUGCUGAAUCAGGAGCAGAGCACAGCGCAAAGGAGAGUUCGUGGAGGCAAACUAUGCACUCUGUGCCCACGCACAUUGCGCACGUCGCCUCGCAAGUUAUGCCGAAGAAGCCCAUCGUGCGGAAGCCUGUAGCAGCUCGGCAGAGUUUGGAGAACCGAAGGAGCGUGGAUGGCAGGCCACGGCUUGUUUCUGAAUUUGCCAACAGCUCGCCUAGGCACUCUCACGAAGCGACACUUGAUGCUCUGGUGGGUGGUCGUGCAGUCAUCUACUCGCCCCCAGACGAGGACCAGGAGGAUACGAGGUAUGCCAUCGCGCACACCGAACUGCUUGCUUCGCUUCCAUCACCCUUGCUUCCUAGCCCACUCGCCAAGGCGAUGUCCAUGAGCAGCAAGACCAACACACCACCUCCGGUUAGUAUGGCGACGAGGCGCCAGAUGUCCCUCCGCGUGCCACCGCCCUUACGAUCACAGUCAUCCAACUCGAGUCUUCACCGCACGGCCAGCCGCGAGAGCAUUCAGAGCUAUCCUGCUGCUCAAUCCCUCUCGAGGAAGCCCAGCAGGGAGAGCAUUCGCAGCUACCCAUCAUACCAGCAAGGAAUGAUUCCGGACGCGGCUCUGCCCUCUGCUGCACCCACAAUGGAUCCCCGCCGCCUUUCCGCAUUCCGUCAGUCGAGCAACAGGCCCCCCGCCUGGGAAGUUCAGUCUGAGUACGGCGGACUUUCCCGCCAGCCUUCAUACACAUCGAUGAAUGGUGGCAGCAGGCGGGGCUCACUCAGCUCAGUCCAGGAGCACGAAGAGGAUGUCAUCAAGCGCCCUAGCAGUGCUCAGCCAUGGCAGAUGCGGUCCAGUCAGCAGCAGCAGCCCUUGAGGCACCGGGCCAGUCACGAUGAGUGGAACCAGUUCGCAAGACGGCCACAAGCUGGACAUCCUCCCUCCAUGUCCAACGGCUACACAGCAACCUCCAAGCCAGUGUAUGAACCGCGGUAUGCGCAACAGCAACACACCCCGGCCAGCACCUGGAGCCGGAGUCAGCUUGAUGCCUCGGCUGGGCAGUGGUACCAAGAUGCAUCUUACCCCCAGCUGCCACGAGGACAUUAUCGCAAGCGCAGCAUGAGCUUGCAAAACUCGUAUGGACCAAAACCUCCCUACCGAGUGUUGCAUAGCUACAACUCGCCCGCCUAUCGCAACGCCCCUAUUUGGGGAUGAUGUGAGCGGGCACACACACACACACACACAUGAUUAUUUCCUAGCGUUGUCGUUUUUUAUCAUGAUAUCCCGCAUAGACGGCGCUUCCUUCUUUUUUUCGACUGACGAAUGUCGCAGUCGUCAUUAUGAACAUCCACAUCACACAUCGCUAUCCGCGAACUUUUCCGUCAGGCAUUUCCUUGCAACUUGUUAACUUCUAAUACCGGCUUGAAUAAGGCUGUGUAGGAAUUAUUGUACAUUUACCAUGGAAACAUAUUUGCACAUUUUACGGAUUUUUAUUUUUGUUGGGAGUGGCGCUUUUGUUUUAUUUUGUUUAAGGGGUAGGGAAGGAGAGAAAGCAUACAUUUAUACCCAGUUGGAAGUUGGAAUAGGGGAGAGUUUGGUUCACAAAGGGAGGGACGGACGUUUUCUUUUUUUAUAUAUAAAAAAAAAGAAAAUCUUGAAGGGGAUUUCUGGAUCGAGGUGGUUUGGUCUGGCCCAGCAGUGUGGUGGUGAUUGAGGGAGAGGGAGAGGGGGAGGGGGACUUGGCUUGUAUUAUUUAUAUACAUAUUCGUGUACCCUCCAACCCCCGUAUAUGCGUGGGGUUGUUGAGGGGGAGAAUAAGAGACAUUUUGGAGAUGUGAUCACUUUGUUCUUUGCCUGUGUUCUGCUUCUGUGUGUGUGGUGAGAGUGGGGGAUGCUUAGGGGUAGCCAGUUGCAAAGAUGACUUGCCCAAUGGGCGCGGGUUACCAAGUUUUCGGGUCAGCGUGUUGCUUAUGCGGUGAUGGUGGUGUGUGGAUGGGUGUUCCAAAUUGGGGAGAGUUCCUGCAUGUUUGUUUCCAGAUGUGGUGUGUAUGGGUGGUGAGCAACGUUCUUUCGGUGUCUCCGGUGUCAGGGGUGACUGGCGUACGGGAGAAGGGGGGGCGAGGGAUGGGAAAGUUGAGCGAAAGAACGUACGGAAGAGAGAGCUAGAUGGAGGACCAUGAUAGAGUGAGAUUGCUGAACCCACUGUCGCCAUUACUUACCACCUGUCACCAGGUAUAUCAUUUGUGGGAGACUUGUGUCAUGUUUCUCUCGUCGGUUUCAAAGCGGCCCGCCGGCGUAUCCCGGCGAGAAGAUGGCAACAGUCACAUAUCCAGACAGAGGUCAGUACGCCGUCCGUUCCGGAGAAUCCAAGUUUGGGUUCUGUGGUUGAGUCAAAUGUCAGGGUCGUGGUGGGGGAGCGGAGGGUUUGGUACCUGACUACCCUGAAUAUGCGUUGGAGUGGAGAACCUAUAUGCAGGUGAGGCUGCUCCGAGGCUGUGCUGCUUGUCUAAAGAUUAUCUUUGGGGUUGGGUUCGACAACAGACGUCAUUAUCUCCUGUUAAAAGCUUCCCUCUCUACUCUAGAUUCGACGGGUUACUAGGCGAACCCUUGCUGGAGUACACACCGGUAGAUCUGAGUAGAUAGUAGACGGACUUUUCAGUUGUGACAUGUGUCACCGGGGAGGGAAGUGGCAUGCCGCUGCAGAUGCUCGAGGGUCUGAGGUUCGGAAGGCGCUGCAGAUAUAC